AUGGAUUACAAAGAGGAGCAAGAGCAGGAGCUGGAAGUUCUGCGGUCUAUAUACCCGGAUGAGCUCGAAGUGGUGAAGGAGUACCCUGGGGUGAAGUUUGAGUUGCAGUUGAAGCUGGAGUUGCAGGAGCUGAUAGACACGUCGCAUUUGUCUAAGGACCACACUUUGCACUGUACGUUUCAGCUGCCAGAGGAGUACCCUGAUGUGAACCCUGUGAUCAGCAUAGAAGUCGAAGAGACGUUGCUUAACAGCGACGAUGAAGGGGAAGGAGAGGACGAGGACGAGGACGAGCAACAGUACGAUGAGCACGGUAACAGGCUGAUGAGCAAGUACGAGAAUAUCCCCGACACGAUCUCCAUUGCUGACUACGUGAGCGGUCCGCUGGUCGCGGAGCUGGAAGAGCAGAUCGAGACGGACAUGCUCUCCGGUAUGCAGAUGUGUUUCGCGCUGAUAUCCUCCAUCAAGGAGAAAGCCGAGCACUACUUCCUGGAGCAACUGACCUUGAAGCAGAAACAGCACGACCAGGAGCUGCAGGAGCGUGAGAAAGAAGAGCAGGCCAAGUUCCACGGUACAAAAGUCACUAGAGAGUCCUUCCUCGGCUGGAGAACCAAGUUCAGACAGGAGCACGGCUUGGAUAAGCGUGAUGAGGAGAGAAGAUUGCAAGCACACCAUGGCAGACUCACGGGUAAACAGAUGUUCGAGCAAGGUAUCGAAGGUACUCUGGAUGACAUCGACGACACGGAUGUCCAGGAGGUCGCUACUAAAUUGCAAGACGAUUUGUAG